AUGAGGCCGAACGUACCUCGCGACACGCGGCUGGAGUACUCUUACUGCGGGUCCAUAGUCGCUGCCUGGGCCGGACCCCCGCAUUGGCGGCUCAAGAACAACAGAGCAUCGAAACAAUCUGAACGCACUCAGUCGACGGGCGGUCGUUUAACCGUGGAUGGUAAAAAGCCGGCGCGGACGAAGCGUCAGCUCGACUUCCUCGGAGCUGGUCUCGCGUUCGACAGCAGCGCUGCGCCCACUGGCGAGUACGAGCCUACUCAGCCCGCCAAGAUCAUGAUCAGCAGAAAAACUCUGGCCACUGGGCACACAUGGAAUGAGGCCAAUUUCAAAACACCCAUAGAUAGGCAAGCCUUUUUGCGUAAUCCGAACAGGGGUUUAGACGAGUCACAUUUCCGUAAGCUGUUUCUGAGGGAGAGCGUGGUGAUGGCCCGCAAGCGUGACCUGCAACGGGCCCCCGCCCCCGCCCCCGAGCCCCUUGCCCACGAUCCGCCCAACGACUACGACUAUAACAACGAGAACGACGCCUCGUAUUGCCCUAACAACAUACCGGAUGGAGACGAGUGGGGCAAUGAAGAUGCAACCGCAGCGGGUGAUCUGCACGACCAAGUGAAGGCAGCUGAACCAGAGGAGAUAGGGGACAUGCUGGAACCACCGACUAAGGUGGCGAAAAUAUUCAUACCGUAUGCGAUGCGGGCCAAAAAAGUGGACAUGAAACAAUUGAAACAUUGUACGUGGAAGAUGUUGACGGAGCGAACACCUGAAGGCGAGAAAGAGGACGUCUCCAAGACUACAUUCUUCUCGAUAUACACAAAACUGCCGACUAAACUGUCUACGAAUAUGCGCGAGUCCCUUAGUGUACCGUUGGCACUAUUAUCCAUACUCCAUUUAGCAAACGAAAAAGGUCUUAUAUUGGAAAAAAAGGAGGAGCUUAACGAUAUCGGUAUAUUAGGACUCAUAAAAUAAGUAGUUUUGUUAUGAACGAGAGAUUUGGUGUUUAUAAAUCUUUACUAAACAUCGAAGCUGAAUUAAGCUGGUAAUUGGCCAUAUAUAUGUACAAUCUAAUCGUAGUAUGUACAAAUAGUUAAUGCUGAGCAUUAAAUUGAUGUAUAUAAUCUAUGAAAUAAGGAUUUUUUAAUGUGUUUUCUUGUAAACUAAUAAGUUUCACAACAAUUGUACAGACAUUUAUUAUUACUUUUAAUUUUUUCUACAGUUUUCUGAUUUUGUUAAUAAGUAAUAAAAUUAAUAAGAUCAAAAUGUAUUUUAUUAUUCGAAAUAGAUGCUAGUCAACUAAAAUAUCUAUGAAA